GAAACGAAUUCCAGACAUGGAAAUCCAAAAAGCAAAACAAACCUGAAACAAUUAAAAUGAACUUGUCAAAGCAAAUUGUCAAUUUGAAGAGGUUUAAUUAUUAUUUGUUUACACCUUCGCGGCAAAAGAUUAUUGGUAAUUGGCUCGGUGCCAAUUUGCAGCAAAAUUGUGCCUAUAGUAGUAAAAUGUCCAAGUUUAUAGAAAUUCCGGUGCAAGCAGAUAAGUUGCUGAAAUUAAUACGUUCAACAGUAAUUCCCAAAUUGAAUGCGACCGACUGCAGCGGUAAUCAGCGUCACAAAGGUCAAGCAGGACGAAUUGGUGUAAUUGGUGGUUCUUUGGAGUACACGGGAGCUCCAUAUUUUUCAGCCAUUAGUGCUAUGCGUGUUGGUGCUGAUUUGGCUCAUGUAUUUUGUCAACGCGAUGCUGCUGUGGUUAUUAAAUCGUAUAGCCCUGAAUUAAUAGUGCAUCCUUUAUUGGAUGCAGAAGAUGCCAUCGAACAGAUUUCCCCAUGGUUAGAGCGAUUACAUAUAUUAAUUAUUGGUCCUGGACUAGGAAGAGAUCCAAAGAUACAGAAGACUGCAAUUUGCCUCAUCGAACUUUGUAAAAAGUUAAAUAAACCUUUAGUUAUUGAUGCUGAUGGCCUUUUCAUACUCAAUGAAAAUAUUGAUUUGCUUUAUGGAUUAAACAAUGUCAUAUUAACGCCAAACGUAAUGGAAUUUCGUCGCUUAUUUAGUGAUGAUGUCGAUAUAGUAAAGGAGCGAAUGGCACAACUUGGUGAUGGUGUAAUUGUACUGGAAAAAGGAGCACAUGAUAAAAUUUAUAUACCAAGUACUUCUGAAUGUUAUACACUACCAGCGGGUGGUUCUGGACGUCGAUGUGGUGGACAAGGUGAUUUGCUAUGCGGUUCGAUUGCAACAUUUUUUCAUUGGGCUUUAGAGUCUAAUCAAUCAAAUGCUGCAUUUAUUGCAACGUUUGCUGCUAGCUAUUUGGUAAAGCAAUGUAAUGCGGCUGGUUUUCAGAAAUGGGGUCGCAGUAUGGUGGCGAGCGAUAUGUUAAACGAAAUUCAUACGGUGUUUCGUAACGUUUUUGAAGAGACUUAAUUUUACUAUGUGUUAUUGAAAAACAAUUUACUUAAAUAGCGAUGAAGUUUAUGUAAACGGUUAAUGAAAACACUUGUUGAUUGCAUUUUUUAGUUUUCUUCUUUCUCUCUCAACUCCUUAAAGUAACUAGUUCAAUAUUUACUCAGCGAUAUAUAAAUUUAGAAAAUUAAGGUUUAAAAGAUAUACUCUGAAUUUAUUGUAUAAUAAUUAUAUAUAUAUAUUCAACAAUUAAUAAAUUAACAAUAUAAAAAUCA